AUGAUUAAGCCUUGUUGGAAACCUUUGGUGGAUGGUGAUGGAAGUAGGAGGGGAGGAGACGGGAGUCGGCGAUGGGGUGAUCCAAAUGGAAGAGUUGAUGGAUUGUUUUGGUACAAGGAUCUGGGACCUCAUGUAAAUGGAGAAUUUUCAAUGGCAGUGAUUCAAGCCAAUAAUUUAUUGGAGGAUCAAAGCCAGCUUGAAUCGGGGUCAUUGGGUUCGCUUAGUUCAGGGCCAUAUGGUACUUUCGUUGGAGUCUAUGAUGGACAUGGUGGACCAGAGACAUCCCGAUUUGUAAACGAAAACCUAUUCCCCAAUCUCAAGAAAUUUGCCUCUGAGCAUCAAGAAAUAUCGGCGGAUGUUAUUAAGAAGGCUUUCUUGGCAACUGAGGAGGAAUUUCUUUCUCUAGUGAGACAUCAAUGGCUCGAUAAACCUCAACUUGCCUCAGUAGGAACAUGUUGUUUGGUCGGGGUAAUAUGCAACGGGCUACUGUAUAUUGCCAAUGCUGGAGAUUCCCGUGUGGUGUUGGGCAGGGUAGAUAAGGCCGUUAAAGGAGUUACAGCUAUUCAAUUAUCAACAGAGCACAAUGCUAAUGUUGAGUCUAUUAGGUCUGAACUACAAUUAUUGCAUCCCGACGAUCCACAGAUUGUGGUUCUUAAACACAAAGUUUGGCGUGUUAAGGGUAUCAUACAGGUCUCGAGAUCUAUUGGCGAUGCCUAUCUCAAGAAGUCGGAGUUCAACAGAGAACCACUAUUGGCAAAAUUUAGGCUAUCCGAACCCUUCUACAAGCCAAUCCUUAGUGCAGAGCCGUCCAUAUUUGUACACAAGCUCAAUCCCAAGGAUCGGUUUCUCAUAUUUGCUUCUGAUGGUUUGUGGGAGCAUCUUAGCAACCAGGAGGCUGUCGAUAUUGUCCACAGUUACCCCCAUCAAGGCAUUGCUCGGAGACUUGUUAAAGCUGCUCUUCAUGUGGCAGCCAAGAAAAGAGAAAUGCGAUACUCAGACUUGAAAAAGAUUGAUCGAGGUGUAAGGAGACAUUUCCACGAUGAUAUCACAGUCGUGGUCGUGUUUAUAGAUCCGUCUUCUACGAAUAGAAUACCUUCUCGCAGUUCGAGUUUUUCAAUUAGAGCAAGAGGAGGUGUUCCUACCUCUGCUAAUUCAUAG